AUGACCAACUUGUCCGAAGCCCCCGACGGGAUCCAUGGGUAUCAUGGCAACAACUUGGCCGUGCGGACGUUGAUGAUCGUCUUCACGUCUAUCGCAUUAUACAACGCCAUUGAACUCUUCAUUCUGUUAUUCUUGACCUUUACCCAUUACCGCGGACUUUACUUUUGGACUCUACUCCUAUCCGUCGUUCUGGGCGUAAUCCCCCACGCUGUUGGCUAUCUGUUGGAGUUUUUCUCUCUGGCGCCAGUAUGGCUUUCGCUGACCAUCACCACCAUUGGAUUCUACGUCAUGGUCCCUGGUCAAUCGGUGGUGCUAUAUUCUCGCCUGCAUUUGGUGGUUCAGAGCAACAAAGUGCUUCGUUUUGUGCUUUGGCUCAUCAUUGUUGAUGCGGUAAUCCUUCUGGUCCCAACAACCGUGUUCACUUUCUGCACCGCAUACAUUGCCUCUCCAACCGUCAUUCGCGGUUACAAUGUCAUGGAACGGAUGCAACUAGCCUGGUUCUGUGCUCAAGAAAUCUGCAUUUCCAGUAUAUACAUCGUCGAAGCGGUGCGAUUGCUCAGAAUGAUGCCCGACAAAGACCGACGACGCACUCGAAUCAUGUACGAGCUACUAGCUAUCAAUUUUGUCAUCAUCUUGCUUGAUGUUUGCCUUCUCGUUGUCGAGUACAUUGGCUACUACCCACUACAGACCACCUUGAAACCAAUGGUCUACAGCAUCAAGCUGAAGCUCGAGUUCGGUGUCCUCGGAAAGUUGGUUACUCUCGUGCAGAAUUCUCGGUCUCAACCCACCUCAUCUGAGCAUGAAGAGUACCCUGGAUUUGUGGAUCCUACCCAGCUCACAACGGACGUUACACACGCCGCGCCACGAGAGUCCCGAUCGAGGGGGCGGCGAGGAUGGAAUACAAUGUCUGUGGAGAGCCUGCCUAUGUCCGAGCGAAGGAUCAGGCCCUCGACGCAAUCGACUGAUGAAUCCCAUCCACCCUGA